AAAAAAAAUGUCACUACUACGCGGUGUCGUAGUGACAUCUGGAAAUACGAAUGAGCUCCGAUGGCCUCCGCGCUCGCUGGAAGCUGCGGCGGACGGAACCGAGCAACAGCGUGGAGCUGGGCGCGUCCUCCGCCAACGCCUACUUCACGUCCAAGCGGAUCCGGCAGCGUGUGCCCCGCAAAGCCAAGCCACCGCCUCUGAAAGAGCGACAGGCCACAGCUGCAGCCCAGCGACGGUCUGAAAAGCAGCAAAAGAAACGACAAGCAGAAAACGACGAAGAAGAGGAAAAACAACAGAGCUCUGGACUGGAAUUACCGUCUCGUGGCCAGCUGCUGGCGGAGCUGAAAGCGGUGGACGAGCACGUGAAGCCGCAGAGUCGACGCUUUGGACAGCACUUCCCGGGUUGGAAGAGCGAGCUGCUCGCAGGCUACAACCUGCUCUUCUAUGGAGUGGGCUCCAAGCUGACACUUUUACAAGACUUUGCAUCUACCUAUUUGAGCGAUGGUAUUGUGAUGCAAGUACAUGGGUAUCUGCCUGUUGUUUCACUUAAGUAUCUGGUGGAAACUAUUCAAGAGAAGGUCUUAAAUGCGGGCGUGAAGCCGAACGAAGCGCUCUCGCAACAGUGCCGGGACAUUGCCAAGGCUAAGCCGUCACGUCAUGUCCCUCCAGUUUAUCUUCUGGUGCACUCCAUCGAUGGCCUGGCGCUUCGAAAUCCAGAAGCUCAGACGUGCUUGAGUUGGCUUGCGAAGGCUCCAUUUAUUGGUCUCAUUGCUUCGAUGGAUCACAUUAAUGGUCCGUCUAUUUGGAAAGAGGAAGACUCGCUUCGGUUCGAGUGGCUUAGCCAGAAUCUUGACACAUACCUGCCGUACACGAACGAGAUUGAGUUGAGGCUGUCGAGACAGACGAAGUCGACGGAUGCUACCAGCAAUGGAGUCAAGUUUAUUCUCCAAAGUCUGACGCCAACUGAUGUGGCCACGCUGCAAGAACUCGCGCGUCAACAGCUCGCAGAUUCCGAUUCAUCCAAAAGCCGUGGCCGGAAGCUCAAAGACACGAAGCUCGCCCCGUACCAGGCAGUGUAUGAGGCUUGCCGCAAGAAGCUGCUGCAUGCGACCCCGUUGGCUAUGAAAAACUCAGUGAAAUGUCUUGAAGACCACGGUCUCCUAAAGAAAUGCCGUAUCCACACAGUGGAAUAUCUGGAGAUACCGCUGCCAGAAUUGAUCAUCAAGACCGAUAUUCUCCAUUUAGAUGAUCAAGAUUAAAGCCAUAAGGAGAGCAAAUAUGAUACAUAAGCUGAUUGAACGCUUCUAUAGAUAAUGACAGCGUAUUCCAACCAUGUAUCCUCGCGUCUAGUACGAUCUUGUACGACAAACACCUGACGAAGUCUGCUCGAAAUCAUUCCCAUACAAUUUCCGCCAUUUUUCGUGCUAUGCUACGCCCAUCCGUAGC